CACAUGUAGCAGCAGCAGAGGCUCUCCUCCAGAUUACAGAAGAAUAAAAUGUGCCUGUGUGCGCGCAGGCAGCGGAGGAAACCCCGCCGAGCUGAAGCUUCCAGGGAGUAGGAAUAUGGAGGAGGAGGAGGUCGCUGAGAGCUGGGAAGAGGCCGCGGACAGUGGGGAAAUGGAGAAAAGAUUAGAAGAGAAGCUACGGAUUAGCCAAAAAGAGAGACUUUCAAGUGGGAGUUCAGGUCGCUCUCCGAUAAGGACAGCCAUCAUGAUUCAAGAUGACUCCCUUCCAGCCGCACCGCCUCCACAGAUCCGCAUUCUGAAACGACCCACCAGCAACGGAUCCCUAGGGUCUUCUGCAACCCAGAACAGACCCUCACCACAAGUGAAGUCCUUAGCUCAGAGGGAGGCAGAGUACGCCGAAGCCAGGAAGAGAAUCCUUGGGAGUGCCGAUGACGCACCUCAAGAGAGACCUGUUUCGGACAGAUCACCGCGUGGAGGCAGCCAUACACCUUCAGAGGACGUGAGAUCCAACAACCAUGUGGUUCGACAGCCAGCAGGCCCAGAUGGUACACAAGGCUUUCGCCAGCACAGAUAGGAAUAAAGGUCUGGGAAGAGAGGAGAGCUGUUGAUCCAUCUCCCAGCAUAAAGUUAAGAUUCUUAUUUUUUAAAUCAAGAUUUAGGAUAUGUGAUGUUUAUGAAAUAAUUAUGAGAGAAGAAAACCCUCCCACCCAUCGUGGCUGCUGUGGCAGCUUGGAAUGUAAAAGGGGAGAAAAUAACACGGAAGAGCAAAUGGGGGGUAAAAAAAGAAAAAAAAAAAAUCUUACCUCCAUUUUACACUGUGAUGAGGACUAUUUCUUCUGGACAAUGCUCACUGUGAUCCUCUACCCCCAUCCCCCCUCAAGUCACCCAAACACCCACCCACCUGCAAAUUAGUUUCACCUCCCUGAUAAUGCCUAUUACUCAACUGUGACUGGUGACCUGCCUGCCAAUGGACAGCCUUUGGCUACUAAGCGACAUGGAGAUCAGCCAUGAAGCCUUCUUUGCAAAGACGGUUGAUGAACAAAGUGUGAUGAGACGAGAAAGAGAGAGAGUGGCACAGAAAGAAUGACGCAGGCCACCAGCUCUCAGCAAUAAUGUUAAGGAUAGUGUUGAUCAUUUUUCUUUCAAUCAUCCCUUUCCAUGUUGUUUAUCGCAAGCUUUUGUAUUAAGUCGUUUUUUUGGUUUGUUUUUAUUUUGGCUAUUUAUGGCCUAGUCUUUCAAUUGCCAUACACUUUUUAAUUGGGAAGGGAACAGUGAGGGUUCUGUGGAAACUCAGCAAGUCUCUUAAGUUUUGUUGUUUACGGUUAUUAAUAUUAUUUUUUAAUCUUGGGUCUUCUGCAGAGUGUCCUGAUUUCUACAUAAAAAAGAAAAGGAAAAAAAACUUUAAAGCAAAUAGUAGAGAAGAAAUUAUGUGACAUAUUUAAAGACUUUUCUGCCUUUUUUUAAUGAUUUCUGAAGAUAGUUUUGUUUAGCAACCUGCAUAUCACUUAGCAAAAUAACAAAUCAAAUGAAAACUUCUGUAUGUUUGUGGUGCUGGAAAGAACCAAAGGGAGACGUGCAAGGGGAUAUGAAUUUGGCCGGCUCCUCUUGCUUCCCUGUCUUUUUGUAUUUGCUGUCAGUUAUUUUUGUUUUUCCAUUUUCUUUAUUGAAGUAGAAACUCAGGUUGUUGAGGAAACUGCAAGAGGCUGAAGAAAAUAUCAGUUUAUUAGGUUUUUAAUCUAGUGGUGGUGCAAUAGAGAGCUUUUGUUUCUUGUAGAUUAAGACCGUCUGCAAGGAGGCGCCUCUAAAACUGGAGUACUGCAUAUCCUAUAAGAGAUUAAACUGUUUUUAAAAACCGAAGAUAUUGUACAGCAUCAGUGGUUCAUCACUUAAACUUCAGCUGAAGAUUUAACUCAGUCUCUGGCUCUUGCAAUACAGUUCCACAGAGAGCCAAAUUACCAUAUAUUUCCCUGCCUUUUCAUUUAAUGAAUCUUAUUCAUGUACCUAAUGCCUCCUGGCAGGGUGGACCUUGAAUGAUGUCUGAAAAUUCCCUGCGUUUUUAGGGAAUACACCCUUUAAUCUUGGCAAAUGUCCACCUGUCAUACUGUGUAAGAUCUACCAGAAAGAUUUUUGUUGUGACUGACGUGCAAACAUGGAAAUCUGCCUGUAAAUACUUUUCAAAAUGCCCAAUUUAAUAAAGACUUUUUAAAGUAA